AUGAUAGCCUCGGCACUCGCGCCAGUGAUGACACCGGCUUUACUAUCUACGCUCAGGAAUCAUCCAGGUCUACCCCGUCACACGUGGUAUAUAGUUGCUGCAAGUGCACUGGCUGUUCUAAACCGACCAGAUGAGAUCCCCAAAAUCUACACCUAUGUUGUGGAGACAGGGAGUCAUGGUGCCGACCUCAGCUCUUCCCCGGACCAGCAACUCCGCGUCGCCCGUAGGAUGAGAGAGGCGCUCAUAAAAACAUCUGCCAUCGGCGGCGUACCAAAGACGAUCAACUCACUGCUCUCUCUAAAGGGGGCAACCCCUCCUGGGAUGCUUGAUGAGCCCGGAUAUCCUUCACCGACGGGCAGAGUCAAAGACGUUUACGAGGUGCCGUGUUCCGAGGUCUUACAGCGAGGGCAAACCUUCUUCGACAAGAUCUACGGCAAGAUAGCAAGGCGAAUCAUGGGGCAGUUGGACAGAUCGGGCACCGAGGAUCUAGGCCUGACGGCGAGGCUGGUCUACGGCCACAUCAUCAGCAACACCAGCGUCCUUACGCCCGCAGAAACCUCCUUCGUGUUGAUCGCGGGACUGAUUCCGCAGGAUGUGAAUCCUCAACUCAAGGGUCAUCUGCGAGGUGCAUUAAAUGGAGGCGCGACCGUUGAGCAGGUGCGUGCAGUUCGGGAAGUCACUCUGAUGAUCUGCGAGGCAUCCGGCAUGAGGAGGCUGGCUGAAGACGCUGUCGGGGGCUGGGGAUGGAGGACUGAGGUCGCCAACGUGUAG